CGCUACCAAUCUCAUAACGUCUGUCGCCGGUGUUACGCUCUCUCUACGUGUGAUUAGUGUACCGCGUAUAUACCUUCUCAUCCUAUUUUCCCAUUUUUUUUCAUUUCCUUCCUUAUUUUUCUUGCAAAACAAAAAAAAAUAAUACACAUUCCCUUUUUUUGUUUUUUUUUUGUACCCGAAAAAAAUAGUGCAUGGUGAUUAAAAUAGUGAUUCUACCUCAAAUGCUCUUUUUUAGUCAAGAAAUAAUAAUUUUCUUUUGACUGGGAUUUUGUGUAUGUGCUUUUGUGUAUAUGUGGAAAAAUAAAGAGAAAGAGAGGACGGAGAAAUUUUAUAUUAUAUGAAUUAUAUAUUAUAUAAAUAUAAAUACUAUAAAUAUAUAUUGAAAAGUUUAUAAAAAAAGAACGGAAGUGAAAAAGAAGAUUGUUAAAAAGUGAACCCAAAAUUAAAAAAAGAAAAGAGUUUAAAAGAGUGAGAGAAAAUUUUUUUCCAUUUUUGGAGAAAAAAAUAUAUAUAAUAUAGAGAAAUAUAAUUUUUUUUUUAAAUUGAGGGGGAAAAAUGUCAGUGGAAAAAUACGAAACCGGAAUGUUACAGAAGGAAAUGGAACGACUGGAUAUUGAAGAAAAGAACGGCGACAGCACAAGCAGUGGUGCCGCCAAUAAAAUCUUAAUGAGUAAUGUGCCACCUCACCUCACACUCGACGAUGUCCAGCAGCUGCUUUCAAAUUAUGGACAAAUUCAGAACAUUGAAAAGGUUGCAUCGCGCGAUCCAGUCUCGCAAAGUAUCCACGCCGUUUUCGAAACCGUCGAACAAGCACAUCAAGCUGCAAAUCAAUUGAACGGCUAUGAUUUGGAAGGAAAUCCAUUGAAAGUUGAAAUGAUGGGUGGAGAAGGACGACGAAGGGGUCGCAGUCAAAGAAGUGGCGUCGCUUUCUCAGGAAUUCCCGGAUCCGGUCGUCAAACGGACUUCCCAUUAAGAAUUCUGGUCCAGUCAGAUAUGGUUGGUGCCAUUAUCGGUCGUCAGGGCUCGACGAUAAGGCAAAUAACACAGAUGACCCGCGCCAGGGUCGACGUACACAGAAAGGACAAUGUCGGCUCAUUGGAGAAGGCCAUCACUAUUUAUGGAAAUCCAGAAAAUUGCACGAACGCCUGCAAAAAGAUUCUCGAAGUUAUGCAGCAAGAGGCCACCAACACCAACAAAGGUGAAAUCACUCUGAAAAUUUUGGCACACAAUAAUUUGAUUGGUCGCAUCAUUGGAAAAGGAGGAAAUACAAUAAAGAGGAUUAUGCAGGAUACGGACACGAAAAUCACAGUGAGCAGUAUCAACGAUAUUAAUAGCUUCAAUCUCGAGCGUAUUAUCACUGUCAAGGGAUCCAUUGAUAAUAUGAGCAAGGCAGAGGCGAUGAUUUCACAAAAAUUGCGUCAAAGUUAUGAGAACGAUCUUCAGGCAAUGGCUCCACAAAGUAUGAUGUUCCCGGGUCUUCAUCCAAUGGCAAUGAUGUCAACGGCUGGAAUGGGUUACAGUUCACGAGGACCGGGACUUUAUGGUUCCGGACCUGCACCAUAUCCUUAUCAAAGCAGUCUACCAACUCAACAGGGAGCACCGGCCGGUGGUGACACUCAGGAAACGACAUUCUUAUACAUUCCGAACAACAGUGUUGGUGCUAUCAUUGGAACUAAGGGUUCCCACAUUAGAAACAUUAUCAGGUUUUCCGGUGCAAGCGUUAAAAUUGCACCACUCGAACAGGAUAAGCCGGCCGAACAACAAACGGAAAGAAAAGUCACUAUCGUCGGAUCGCCGGAAUCUCAAUGGAAGGCGCAGUACUUGAUUUUCGAGAAGAUGCGCGAAGAAGGAUUUGUUGCAGGAACAGAGGACGUGCGAUUGACAAUUGAAAUUCUCGUGCCAAGUGCUCAAGUUGGAAGAAUCAUUGGCAAAGGCGGUCAAAAUGUACGUGAACUUCAACGUGUAACCGGAAGUGUUAUCAAAUUAUCCGAACAACAAGCGACACCGCCAGCAGCCGAUGAGGAAACAACUGUUCACAUUAUUGGUCCCUUCUUCUCCGUUCAGUCGGCGCAGAGAAGAAUUCGUGCGAUGGUCCUGCAACCAGCGGGUCCAGGCACUGGAACGGGCACCGUUGGCACUCGCGCUGGACGUGGUAGCAGCCAGGAAGGUGGAGUCCGUUCGCGAAGGGACGACAGUGCUACAUCUCAGCCAGGAAGCACGACACCUCAGCAAGUUCCAUCUCAACAAUCGAGCUCGCCCACACAGCAACAACAAAAUCAGUAACGUUGACGACGCUCAUCAAAAGAAAAAAAAAAAAAAAAACGCCAACUAACGCCUCACGAAAUUCCAUUUUACUCGGUCGAGGUGGUCUCGUUGCUCUUAGAAAAAACUCUUUCUCAUCGCUAAGCACAUCUUCUCCAAAAAAAAAAAAAAAACAAGAACCACGAAUGGUCAACUCAACAACAAAGAACCAUUCUAUUCAAUUUUUUCCUCUAGCGAUACUAAAAUCGCUAUCUUUGGAUUAUUUUCGACAACAUUUCUCAACAUCCCAAGAGAGAGAAAGAGAAGAUUAAUUCAAUAUUCGAGACAUUGCUUUUUUUCGAAUUUUUUUUUUCUUCGAAUUUUGAAAAAAAUGGAUAUUCCAGGAGAAAAAGCGUUUUGAAAACGAAUCCACCUCGCUGAUAAAAAGUGGAGCAACGACGAAACACACACAACCAUAUUACCUCAUUCAUUACGGUUAAAGAUUUAUGAUAAUGGAAAGUGAAAUGAGAAAUAACUGACAAAAAAAAGGAACACUUAAUAUUAAAGUUUAAAAUAAUAUACAGAGAAGUUUAAAAGCUACACUUUACGUUAUAAAAAAAAACUGGUUAAAUACUACAUUACUAUUACUACUACUACUAUUAUUAUUGUCACUGCCUAAUGGUAGUAUUGUUUUUUUCUCGAAAUAGAUUCAGUUUCUUUUACCGUU